AUGGCGACCCAUUCCCAGCCAUUGAAUGACUCCUCUUCUAAUAGCUCAGAUCCCUUAUUCACUGGCCUGGAUCUCCUCUUUGAGCUGAAGCCCCUUUUCAUUCCUUUAUAUGCCCUGUUGGUGAUAGUUGCCUGCACUGGGAAUCUUCUCCUCCUCUUUCUCAUCAGCUUCACCAAAAAGCUGCACAGCACCACUAACUUCCUUAUUGGGAACUUGGCAGCUGCUGAUCUGAUUAUGUGCAUUUUCUGCGUUCCUCUGACAGCCAUGUAUGCCUUUGAAAGUCGUGGGUGGCUUUUUGGAGUGUUCAUGUGCUACUUUGUCACCCUUAUGCAAGGGGCUACCGUAUUUGUGUCUGUCCUGUCACUCACAGCCAUUGCCGUUGAUCGAUAUAUUGUGAUUGUGUAUCCCAUUCGCCAAAGGGUGAGAUGCAAGUCCUGUGCCUAUAUUGUGGCUGCUAUUUGGCUCCUGUCUCUUGUGAUCUCUCUACCGACCUACUUACAUACCCAUUACCUGGAUCUCAACACCAUUGGCCAUGACAUGAUCAUCUGCGAAGAAAUCUGGCUGCACCAUAAGACAGAGAGACAGCUGUAUUCCUGCCUGAUGCUCCUCCUGUCUUACAUGCUCCCACUUUCUGCUGUGUCGGUCUCUUACUGUGCCAUUUCUUACCAUCUCCAGAAGAGAAACAUCCCAGGAGCCAUAUGCCACAACCAAGAAAAGCGGACUAAAAAAAAAGAAAAGACCUUUCAGAUCCUGGUGGUUUCAGUUCUGUGUUUUGCUCUUUGCUGGCUCCCUCUCCAGGUGGUUAAUUUAAUUAGAGAUAUUGAUGAAGAGUUUGCUAUCCUAGACAAGCGAUAUGUGAAUGUCAUCCAAGUUUCAUGCCAUGUGACUGCCAUGAGUUCAGCCUGUUUUAAUCCUUUCAUUUAUGCUUCCCUCCAUGAGAAAUUCAGACUCCAUAUUAGGAACUAUUUUUAUCACAGGAAGAAGUCAAGCCUCAUAUCCUGCAAGACCUCACGGCUAAAUACCUGCUCUACUUUGGCAGACAAUAACCCUGCGGGGGUCUCAGAAAAAAUUGCACUGCAAACAGAACCCAAACACCAUUUCUUUGGGCCAAUACAAAGAAGCUUGUAA